GACGAUUUUCAACGGACAUUUGUUCAUUUUGUCAAAAUGAAAAUUCCAUCCCCGAAAAGUCACUCCUGGUCGAAAUUAAUCCAACAAAAUGCCGCCCCCAACCCUUCGCGAUAGGAUACAGAGGAACGCGUCCACCACCUACAACCUGACGAAAUUUCAGCCCCAUCUCAAGUACUGCACCCUGAAUUUGAACUCGAAGACCUCCAUCGAAUAUGUGUGCUACACCUACGAGGUCUGCUGUCUGCAGGGCUGCUGCGCAGGCUACUCCAUGAGGAACGUGCAGUCCUGGCAGUUUUGGAGCCCCGUGGUGUUCUUCGUCGUCCUUGUUUACUUCCUGUCGCAGUUUUGCAUGGGCGCUGAGAAGCGGAGGAACAAUCAGCAUCACCAGAUCGUUCACCAGCACAAUAGGAGACGCUGUUUCGCCCAGAAUUUAGCCCCCACGUCCCAUCAGCCCGUUCAGAACGAAAUCGAGAACGUUAACGUUGAUCAGUUUUUAGAGCAGUUGAUUCAAGAGUACAGAAUCAGAUAUCCAGAUAUAGAGUGUCCUGUAGAUAGCAGCGUUUGUUCGCUCAAUGUUCCGAAACCCAACGGACUCCCCUGCUACGAUGAGGCCCUCUUCAUGCCCAAGCCUCAAAAACCAUCAACGAAUUCAAGAGCUAAUGGAAAUGACGGUCAGAACCAGAGUGAAGAGGUCCAAAAUGAGGAAUCUCUGCCAACUUACGAGAACGCAACAAGUCGAUGAACAGAAUUCCCAUUUUUUAAAAUAGUUAUUUGUAGGAACUCAUUGAACAGAUUUGAUUAAUAAAUUGUGAAAAUUCAA